AGAGGCCAGGCCCAGCCCGGGCGGUACAAUAGGGUUGGGCCGCGGCCGGGACUGGGCCGGCGCGGGGCAGGCAGUAGGAUCGCGGUCGGGAGCCCACGAACACUGGGCGGCCGGCAACUGCGAGCCCCGUCUCGCCCACAGCCUCCCAUCUUUUCCGGAGCGUCGCCAUCUCCGACUCGUCGCCCUCUGGGCCGGGCGUGAUGCGCCGCGGGAGCCCUGCCCUGGCCCCUGGCCGCCGUCGCUGUCGCCGCUGAGAACCCCCUCUUUGAAAAGCCCCCGGUGUGACGCCGCAGCCAUGGAAAGCGGCCCGCGUGCGGAGCCGGGUCCCGGCACCCCCUCAGCUAUGGGAGCCAGGAUGCCCCCGGAGCCCAGGCCUUCUCCAGAGGGUGACCCAUCCCCCCCACCGCCACCACCCCCAAUGUCAGUCCUGGUCCCAGACACUCCUCCGGACACCCCUCCUGCCAUGAAGAAUGUCACCAGCCCUAAGCAGCUCUCGCCGGAGCCAGAGAGCCCCCCAGGACAGGUGGAGCCUCUGCCAGCACCCCAACAGGAAGAAUCCCCUUCUCCAGAAGCAAAGAACAGGGGGCCCUCCCCACCAACCACGGGCCCACGGGAUGCCAGACCUGCUCGAAGGAGCAGUCAGCCAUCCCCAACGGCAGUGGCAGCGCUGGCCUCCGACAGCCCUCCCGCCAAGCCAGAUGUCAAGAAGGCAGGAGAGAGACAUAAGCUGGCCAAGGAGCGGCGAGAAGAGCGGGCCAAGUACCUUGCGGCCAAGAAGGCGGUGUGGCUGGAGAAGGAGGAGAAGGCCAAGGCACUGCGGGAGAAGCAGCUGCAGGAGCGCCGGAGGCGGCUGGAGGAGCAGCGGCUCAGAGCAGAGCAGCGUAGGGCUGCCCUGGAGGAACGGCAGCGGCAGAAGCUUGAAAAGAACAAGGAGCGUUACGAAGCAGCCAUCCAGCGGUCAGUGAAGAAGACAUGGGCCGAGAUCCGACAGCAGCGCUGGUCCUGGGCAGGGGCCCUGCACCACGGCUCUCCGGGACAUAAAACCAGUGGGAGCAGGUGCUCCGUGUCGGCAGUAAACCUGCCCAAACACGUGGACUCUAUAAUCAACAAGCGGCUCUCAAAGUCCUCUGCCACGCUCUGGAACUCCCCCAGUAGAAAUCGCAGCCUCCAGCUGAGCGCAUGGGAGAGCAGCAUCGUGGAUCGUCUCAUGACGCCCACCCUCUCCUUCCUGGCUCGAAGUCGCAGUGCGGUCACACUGCCCCGCAACGGCCGGGACCAGGGUAGGGGCAGCGGCCCUGGGAGACCUCUGACGAGGGUCCGGGCAGGGGCCAGCGUUGCCCCCCGGCCGCACCCCGACCCCACUCAUCCCUCCGCAGCCGUGCCCCUGUGCCCACGCUCGGCCUCAGCCAGCCCCCUGACGCCGCCUUGCAGCGCGCCGCGAAGCGUGCACCGCUGCGCCCCUGCGGGGGAGCGCGGAGACAGGCGCAAGCUCAGCGCCGGGGGCAGCCCCGCCGCGGUUCGCCGCCGGCCCGAGGCCUCGCCGGUGCAGAAAAAGGAGAAGAAGGAUAAGGAACGGGAAAAUGAAAAGGAAAAGAGCGCCCUGGCCCGGGAGCGUAGCCUCAAGAAGCGCCAGUCGCUACCCGCCUCCCCGCGCCCGCGCCUCUCGGCCGGCGCCUCCGAACUCAGCGCCAAAUCCAAGGCCCGGCCAGCCUCUCCUUCCACGCCCUGGCACAGGCCUGCCUCCCCCUGCCCCAGCCCAGGGUCAGGCCAUGCUCUGCCUCCAAAACCUCCUUCCCCCCGGGGCACCAUCGCUUCACCCAAGGGCCGGGUUCGGAGGAAGGAGGAGGUGAAGGAGACCCCCAGUGCAGCAGGGCCCGAGGACAAGAACCAGAGCAAGCGCAGGGCCAGUGAGGACAAGGAGCCGGCUGCCCCAGCCUCCCCCGUGCCCCUGGCCACGCCCCCGCCCACCCCUGCCCAGCCCCCGAAGGAGCAGCCCGCCACUGAGACCCCUGCAGACACUGCUGCUCCAACCUCGACCUCGGUUUCCGCUCUAGCCCCCGCGCCACCAGCUACCCCGAGCAAACCCAUGGCCGGCACCACUGACCGAGAGGAGGCCACUCGGCUCCUGGCAGAGAAGCGGCGCCAGGCCCGGGAGCAGCGCGAGCGCGAGGAGCAGGCGCGGCGGCUGCAGGCAGAGAGGGACAAGCGAAUGCGAGAGGAGCAGCUGGCGCGGGAGGCGGAGGCCCGGGCCGAGCGGGAAGCCGAAGCCCGGAGGCUAGAGGAGCAGGAAGCCCGCGAGAAGGCGCAGGCCGAGCAGGAGGAGCAGGAGCGGCUGCAGAAGCAGAAAGAGGAGGCCGAAGCUCGGAUGCGGGAAGAAGCGGAGCGGCAGCGUCUGGAGCGGGAAAAGCACUUCCAGCGGGAGGAGCAGGAACGGCAGGAGCGCAGGAAGCGCCUGGAGGAGAUCAUGAAGAGGACCCGGAAAUCAGAAGCUGCUGAAACCAAGAAACAGGAUGGGAAGGAGGAAAAAGUCAACAAUUCCAGCCCAGAGCCUGGGAAGGCAGUGGAGGCUCGCCCCUCGGGACUGCCGAAGGAGACUGUGCAGAAAGAAGAGCUGCCCCCACAGGAGCCUCAAUGGAGCCUGCCCAGCAAGGAGCUGCCAGGGUCCCUGGUGAAUGGCCUGCAACCCCUGCCAGCACCCCAGGAGAACGGCUUCUCCCCUAAGGGACCCUCUGGGGACAAGAGUCUGGGACGGGCCCCAGAGACGCUGUUGCCCUUCGCCGAGGCAGAAGCCUUCCUCAAGAAAGCUGUGGUGCAGCCCCCGCAGGUCACAGAAGUCCUGUAAGGCACAGCUGUGAAGGCCCCUCCGCAGCACCUGCCAAGAUGUCUGGAGGAAAGAGAGAGAGAGAAGUGGGGAGCAGCCCGGGCCCCUGGCAGUCCUCGCUGUUGUUUGUAACCUGCACCUUAUAGACGGACAUCUCUGUGGCUGGAGCAGGCCUGCCCUUAGUGCAUUUGUGUGCUCCCACGCGCGGACACCUCCCCUGCCCCGCACACACGCACACUCACAGCCUCUUUGGCCUGGUCCCUCAGGGAAGGGCCACCUGUAGUAUUUGCCUGGGUUCCGUGGGGUACAGCGGAUGUGAAUACUGUACAUAGCUCGGGCUCAGACCCCUCUAUGUGGAGGGGGUGGCGCAGGAGGCAGACCCUCCCCCAGGCUCCCUGGGGAGAUCUUCCUCUAUUUAACUGUAACUGAGGAGGGACCCCAGGCUGAGGGUGGGGGCACCUUGAGCUUCAGGGGUACCCCUGCCUCUGCCUCGCGGAAUCAGUGUUACUGCAUCCAAUCAAAUGUCUCCUGAAAUAAAGUGAGAAUAAGUC